AUGAUGCAGCUCGAGAUGAAGCAGAAGCUGGCGAAGGGCGCCGCGACCGAGACCACCUCCCUCUCCGACGCCACGGCGAAGGAGAACCACUGGAGGCUGCUCCGGCCGGCGCCCGUCUCGCUGGCAGGACUCCGUGACCUCGGCAGGGGCCGGCGUCGGCGGCGGGGCGAGCCUCUCGGCAAGGCUUUGAAGGAGGCCGACAAGGACAAUCAUAAAGCGUCGAAGGACAUGCUGAUUUUGGCUGCGAAGCUCGGUCUGGCACCAGAGUACCAGGCGCAGGCGGCGCAGUUCAGCUUCCAGGUGAAACUGGUCUUCGACAGGCAUUCGGAGCAUCACAAGCAUAUUCGCGACCAGAACGGGACCCAGGCCUUGCACCAGGUUCUCAACCAUCGGUUCGGCAUCUAUUGGAUGCAGCUGAGCGUGUACUUCAAAGAGCGGGAUCUGAAGUGGGGAAGCGAGUCGCUGUCCCUGCCCUGCUCUGGCCUCGUUGAUGCCGCAGGUGGCACCAGCGGGGCCGCCAACCUGGCGCCUCCGGCGCCACGACCGAGCAAGGGCAAGGGCAAGGGCGAGGACACGGAGCCGCGCCAACAGGAGGCCUACACGGGCGCCAUGGCCUCGGCGGCCAGCGCCGCCGGCGCGGCGUCGGAGGCCGACGGCCUUGGCGGCGGGUCCCACAAGUCCAACAAGUUCAACAAGAUCGGCACCAACGAGCCCGGGGUGGGCCCCCAGGCCACGAAGACGUCCAGCACGCCGCGCCUGGACCUGCUGCCGCCCCUCCGGCGCGCGCAGUUCCUCCAGGUGGUGCAGCGACAGGUCAAGUCGUCCGGGAGGCACAAGGAAAAGCAGGAGCUGGCCGAGGAGUACCUCGCCCUCUGCAAUGGCGACUACGACGAGGCGUACCAGUACGUCAAGCAGCUCGGCGAGAACGGUGCUGGGCUGCAGUGA